AAUGACACGAAAAGGUUUCUAAUUUGCAAUGGAUCUACCAGGUAUAUCGGAAACUUCUUCUUCGGAAUCGAUAGCCCGUCUGCUGAGCGCACACAGGGAAGCAAUGCAGAAAGUAGCGCGAAAGUGUUUGCCGUAUCGGGACCUGGACGAAUUUAGCACCAAACUGCAAAAGAACAGCGAUCAUGCAGCUUCGGAGCUUAGCAUUUCCUCCGGAAGUUGCGUAACAUUUUAUCCGCACAAAAUUUACACGAUUGAAGAAGUAACCGAAGAUUCACGGAUUUCCGUUAGAAAAGGUGAACGCAUUACAUCGAGUGCCGAGGAACUAAAGGAGCGCAUUGAACGAUUGAAGCGAAUAUCUACGACGGCAAGGAAUUCAAAACGUCCAGAGAGCCGAAGAGGAUCUAUACCUAGACCACCAUCAGCCGAAAUAGCAGCACGAGUUAAUUACGAACAGGAGAUUGCACAAAAAUUUGAAAUAAUGGAUCGUUUUCUGAAGGAUCAGAUGGAACAGAAGCAAGAUUCCAUAGACAGUGAGGUGCUCAUUCUACGGCACUACAGCCGAUCAAAUUCAACUCCGGUUAAAAAUCGAGCGAUUUGGGGUCUCUGUUGUAGUUGCAUUUCGGGAGAAUAGACUUAGG